AUUUAUUUAUUUAAUUCUUUUUAUCUACAAAAAAUUAUAAAUGUCAAGCUUGAAUCCAGAUCGUAAAAGAAGAAGAAAUAGUGACAUUCGUCAAGGUGAAUCAGCAGAAGUUGGCAAUUCCUCUUACCCUGAUCCCUCUUCUAUUCUUCCUUCUUCACCUGCUGCCUUUUUCUCUGAGGCAAAUUAUAGAGAGGAGGCAGAAGAGGAAGAAGUUAUUGAUACAGCAUUUGGCGAUGAUAAUCUAGACAAUUCAGAUGAUGAUGACAUUGAUAUUUUUCAAGAUGCUGAAAGAGAUUAUGUUGAUAACGAAAGAUUGGAUAAUUAUGAACAAGAAGGCAUUGAUGAUGCACAAUAUGAGCCUUUAGAUAUAGCUGAACGUAAUGCGAUUGAUAGAAAUUUAAACAGACGUGAUGUAGAGAUUAGAAGAAGAGAAGGUCGAGUAGCAGGCGCCUUUAUUUAUGGUUUAGAUGAUGAAUCAAAUGAUAUUCAACCACCAGUUAUUAGACGUCGACAUAUUUAUGAAGCUCAGGAUGUUGAUCAAGAUGAAGAUGGUGUUCCUGAAAUGUCCUUAAAUGACCUUCGUAAUGUUAAAGAUUCAUCAAUUGCAGUUUGGAUUACGAGAGAGGCAGUACGACGAGGUAUUAAACGUGAAUUUAAAGACUUUUUGCAGACUUAUGUGGAUGAACAUGGUACAUCUGUUUAUGGUGAACGUAUCAGAGAUAUGGGUGAACGUAAUAAAGAAUCAUUUGAAGUCAAUUAUGAAAAUUUAGCAGAAAAGAAAGUUAUUUUGGCAUACUUUUUAUCCAAUUCACCUCUUGAAAUGUUGAAAAUUCUUGAUGAAGUUGCUUUAGAGGUUACAUUAAUGCAAUUUCCUGCCUAUGAACGUAUUCAUCGUGAAAUUCAUGUUCGUAUCACUGAUUUGCCCGUUAAGAACACAUUGCGUGAAUUAAGACAGUCUCAAUUAAACUGUUUAGUUCGUGUGUCAGGUGUCGUCACUCGUCGUACCGGUGUCUUUCCUCAAUUAAAGUGGGUCAAAUACAAUUGUGGUAAAUGUUCAGCCCUUUUAGGUCCAUUCUAUCAAGAUAUUCAUAACGAAAUUAAAAUCAAUACAUGUCCAAGUUGUCAGAGCAAAGGACCCUUCCAUGUAAAUAUGGAACAGACUGUGUAUCGUAAUUACCAAAAAUUAACUAUUCAAGAAUCUCCAGGCACAGUCCCUCCUGGACGUUUACCUCGACAUAGAGAAGUGAUUUGUCUUUGGGACUUGAUCGAUCAGGCCAAACCUGGUGAAGAGAUUGAAGUUAUUGGUAUCUAUCGUAAUAAUUUUGAUGCCUCACUUAGUACCAAAAAUGGUUUCCCUGUAUUCGCAACAAUUAUUGAAGCAAAUCACAUCAACAAAAAGGAAAAUAUGUUUGCUGCUUAUAAACUAACGGAAGAUGAUACUAAACAAAUUUUAGAAAUGGGUAAAGAUAAGAGUAUUGGUAAGAAGAUCAUCAAGAGUAUUGCACCUUCCAUUUAUGGUCACGAAGACAUCAAGCGUGCUAUCGCCUUAGCCAUGUUUGGUGGUGUUCCAAAGAAUAUUCAAGGCAAGCAUAUUAUUCGUGGUGAUAUUAAUAUUUUAAUGUUGGGUGAUCCUGGUACUGCAAAGUCUCAAUUCCUCAAAUAUGUUGAGAAAACAGCUCAUCGUGCUGUAUUUACCACAGGUCAAGGUGCAAGUGCUGUUGGUUUAACAGCUUCAGUACAUAAAGAUCCUAUUACACGUGAAUGGACAUUAGAAGGUGGUGCCCUUGUACUUGCUGAUCGUGGUGUCUGUUUGAUUGAUGAGUUUGAUAAAAUGAAUGACGCUGAUCGUACAUCUAUUCACGAAGCUAUGGAACAACAAUCUAUUUCUAUUUCUAAAGCUGGUAUCGUUACCACAUUACAAGCUAGAUGCUCUGUGAUUGCUGCUGCUAACCCUAUACGUGGUCGUUAUAACUCUUCUGUUCCUUUCGCUCAAAACGUUGAAUUAACUGAACCUAUCUUAUCACGUUUUGAUGUACUUUGUGUUGUAAAAGAUUUAGUGGAUCCUGAACAAGAUCAUAUCCUUGCCACUAAUGUUAUAGGCAGUCAUGUUCUUAGCCAUCCUCUUCAUAAUGGAACAGAUGACAAUUUCGCUCAACCAAAAGCUAGAGAUCCAGAUAUUAUUGAUCAAGAUCUUUUAAAGAAAUAUAUCAUGUAUGCACGUGAAAAAAUUCAACCUAAAUUACAACAAGUUGAUGAAGAUAAAUUAUCACGACUUUAUUCUGAAUUAAGACGUGAGUCUCUUGCAAAUGGUAGUAUCCCCAUUACUGUUCGUCACUUGGAAUCCAUGAUUCGUCUUGCUGAAGCAAAUGCUAAGAUGCACCUAAGAGAAUAUGUCCGUUCUGAUGAUGUAGAUAUGGCUAUUCGUGUUGCAUUAGAUAGUUUCAUUAGUGCACAGAAAUACAGUAUGAUGAAAAUUCUUCGUAGACGUUUCAUGAAGUUUAUCAGAAACUCUCGAGAUGAUUAUGAAUUAUUAUUUGCUACAUUAGACGAUAUUUGUACUGAAAAGCGUAAAUUAUAUCAACUUCGCUAUAGAAGACUUCCAAAUGAAGUUACUAUUACUCUUUCAGAAUUUGAAAAUAGAGCAAGAACAUUGAAUGUUCAAGACGUGAAAUCUUUCUUCAAUUCAGAACAAUUUAAAAAGAAUAGAUACAAGUUGAAUUCUAGUCAAGGUGUUAUUAUUAAGGAAUAUAAUUAAUUUCAUUCAUAUCUGUUUAUCUCCCUUUCAAGUACAUUAUUAAUUUCUCUUAUAAAUAU